AUGGGUGUCCAAGACCACCACAGUGCAACUGAUUUAGUACCAUCCGAUACCGCUCCGGAAUUUCUCCACGGGCUUCAAUUAUGGGUUGUUGGCUUGGGGUUAUGUCUAGGUCUCUUCUUGCCGUCGUUAGAGGUCAGCAUCGUGAGCACCUCGCUUGUCACCAUCACCAAUGACUUCCGCGGCUUUGAUCAGAGCACCUGGGUCAUCACCUCGUACCUGCUCACCUAUACGGGGUUUCUCAUGAUCUGGUCCAAAUGCGGUGACAUCUUCGGCGUCAAAGCCUCUUUGCUGUGCUCGUUGGUUUUCUUCGUCGCCUUCAGCGGAGGAUGUGGGGCCGCGCAGAGCAUGAACCAGCUGAUUAUCUGCAGGGCCUUCCAAGGAGUUGGAGCUUCCGGUGUCUACACUUUGACUCUCUUUUCGCUUCUGCGCCUGGUGCCCCAGAAGAAAUAUGACCUUAUCGCCACCGUCGCCGCAGCCAAUAUGGCAUUGGGGCUAGUGCUGGGGCCUUUGAUCGGUGGAGCGAUCAAUAUAUCCGGCAGCUGGCGCUGGAUAUUCCUGCUCAAUCUUCCAGCUGGCGCCGUGUCCUGGACUCUGCUUCUCGUCGCAAUGCCAGGUGACUAUCCGUACCUUCGUUCUUCGCAAUCGUCACAAUCGGGAACAAGUGCAGUGCAAUCGAGACUGAGAUCGACCACGGACACAUUCCUCGCAAAGCAGAGAUUAUUCUUCCGCCAGGUCGAUUUCCUUGGCGCUUUCCUGAUCCUAGCUUUCUCGAUGUUCAUUAUCGCCGCAUUGCAAGAGGGAAACCUAAACUAUGCAUGGUCGUCAGCGCUCAUCGUCAGCUUCAUAGUCGUCUCGGGUGUUCUGUUGUUGGCGUUUCUUGCCUGGGAGUGGUUGGUCAGCCGGCGCCACAAAUGGAAGAUCCAGCCAAUGUUGCCGUGGCGAUUGACUCGAAACCGUGUCUUUCUAGGCGUGGCACUUGGUUUCCUCCUAACCGGUGCUCCAUUAACGAUCUGCGUCAUAGAGCUUCCCCAGCGCUACCAGACAGUCAAUGAGUCCUCACCCCUCGGCGCUGGCGUCAAACUCCUCGCCUAUGCACUCAGCCAGCCCGUCGGUAGCUUCAUCUGCUCGUCUUUGGCGGGUAGACUCAAAGUCCCCUUCGUAUACAUCAUCAUGGGUGGAGUCGUGCUCCAGAUUGUUGGCCUGUUUCUCCUCUCGACAAUCCCCACGACUAUCCACGUAUGGACAGGCCAGUUUGGAUAUGCCGUCCUUGCCGGGUUGGGUGUAGGCUUGGCAGUCACUGCCGUAUAUAUCAUGGUUCCUCUGGUUGUAGAUGAAGGUGAUCAGUCAAUUGCAUUGGGCACGGGACUGCAGUUGCGGAUGCUGGGCGGGGCGUUGGGCGUCGCCAUUGCAACGGCCAUCUUGAACGAUCAUCUGCAGAGUGCGCUUAGACAUGUAAUAUCUGGAGAGCAGCUGAGUGCUGUCCUGGAAUCGCCGCAGGCCAUCGGGUCGUUACGGCCGGAGGUACAAGUUCAGGUGAGGAGAAUCUUCGGCGAGGCGUACAAUUUGCAGAUGAAAGCCGCUGGAGGCUUUUCAGCAGGUCAGAUCUUGGCCGUCUUGCUUAUCUGGAAGAAGGAGCAGGUCGUUGAAGGAGCCAAAUGUUCCGUUGAGCAGAAGAAGGGAGUGAUGUUCUCGCAUUGGAUAGAUGCUUUCAACCAUCCAAAGUUGUACCGAAGUGUCAUGUGCUCUGAUAUGGUCGAUGCCCUAUCGGAAAACCCUCUUGCCGGGUUCAAGUCCCAGAACAGUUAA